AUGUUUCAGAGCCAGGUUCAGCAAACAGAGAAGCAGAUCAAAGAGGAGUUUCAGGAGCUGCACCAAUUCUUGCGCCAAGAGGAGGCAGCCAGGAUCAGAGCCCUCAGAGCGGAGGAGACACAGAGGAGCCAGACUCUGAGCAGGAAGAUGGAGGAAGUGGUCAGAAAGAUGAAGGCCCUUUCAACCACAGUCAAAGCCAUAGAGCAGGAGAUGGGCAAAGAUGAUGUUUCAUUCCUGCAGAAUUACAAUGCAACAAUGAAACAGACUCAGUGCACAGUGCAGGACCCAGAUGUCUCGGGAGUGCUAAUCGAUGUGGCCAAACACCUGGGCAACCUGAAGUUCCAAGUCUGGCAGACGAUGACGGGAAUGGUGAAGCACACUCCUGUUAUUCUGGACCCCAACACAGCCGGACCCUUCCUUAUAUUCUCUAAGGAUCUGACCAGUGUCACAUCAAGCGAAGCACGCUUCACAUACACUCUCACAGGGAAACUCUUUCCAUUGUUUUACUUUACUGAAGCAGUUGAGUACUUGAAUCUGAAGAUCUUGCCUGCCAAGAUCGAAGUCAUGCAGAAAGUAGAGUGA